AUGGCAGGGCCAGUUCGAAUCCACAAUAUUUUGUCCAAUCUUUGGAGCAAAAAUGCAAAAUUGGGAAAAAUUUUGCAGGCUGGAAAUUGGGAGGGUGAAAUUCAAAGAUGCCUGAGAAGCGACAUUGCAUCUGCAAUAACCACAACGAGUUUCCCGGAGUUCGAUUCAAGUCCUCAACUCAACUCUCAUUUGGACCUGUACAAACUCAGUUUAGAGAAACCCGAUAUAUUCUGGGGAAAGUUGGCCAGAUCCAGACUUACAUGGAGUAAAGAUUUCGACCGAGUCUCAGAUUGUGACCUGUCAAACGGUCUGAUUAAAUGGUUUAUAGAUGGUAAAAUCAACGCAUCAGUAAAUUGUGUGGACCGACACCUAGAUAAAUAUGGUAAUCGUGUGGCCUUAAUUUGGGAAAAAGAUGAACCCGGUCAAGAAGAGUAUAUAACUUAUAAGGAUUUGUCACUACUUGUUAAUAAACUAUCCAACUCACUGAAAAACCAUGGGGUAAAGAGAGGAGACAGAGUGGCUAUAUAUCUACCAUGUUGUCCAAUAGCAGUGGCAGCCAUGUUAGCUUGUACUAGAAUAGGAGCUAUACAUAGUGUUGUCUUUGCUGGUUUUAGUUCUGAAGCUCUUGCUGGCAGGAUCUUAGAUGCAAGAGCCGAGACUGUAAUAACAGCCAAUGAAGAUGUAAGAGGAGGUAAACUAUUAAAUUUAAAAAAGACAGUAGAUGAUGCUGUGGCCAAGGCAUCCUGUGUGAAACGUGUGUUUGUUUAUGAUUUACUCGAUAGACAAGUUCCCAUGAAUAAACUGGAUAUUCCUCUAAAUAAGGUGAUGAGUGAAAGUAGUGGUGAAAGUGAAGCUGUUCCGAUGGAUUCAUUAGAAAGUUUGUUUAUGCUAUAUACCUCAGGAAGUACUGGCAAACCUAAAGGUAUCACCCACUCUCAUGGUGGAUACCUCACUUAUGCUGCUGUUACUUUUAAGCAUGUAUUUGACUAUAAAGAAGAAGAGAGAUUUGGGUGUCUAGCUGAUAUAGGUUGGAUUACUGGACAUAGUUAUGUAGUAUAUGGACCACUGUUAAAUGGUGCAACUACCGUGUUAUUUUCUAGUACCCCAACUUACCCAGAUCCGGGAAGAUAUUGGGAGACAGUUGAGAGAUUGAAAAUAAACCAUCUAUACAUCGCACCAACAGCAUUACGUUUAUUACUGAAGGGAGGUGACUCCUGGGUUACUAAAUACAACCGAUCUUCGCUUAGAAAAUUAGGCUGUGUUGGUGAACCGUUGAAUCACGAAGCGUUUGAAUGGUAUCGUGAUGUAAUAGGAGAAAAAAGAUGUGAUGUUAUUGAUACUUGGUGGCAGACGGAAACUGGAGGUAUUUGUAUAGCUCCCAGACCCUCUAAUCCUGAUGCCCCAAUUUAUCCUGCAAUGCCAAUGAGACCGUUUUUUGGCAUCGACCCAGUUUUAUUGGACAGUGCUGGCCAAGUAAUAGAAGAAGACAAUGCAUCAGGAUCAUUAUGUAUCAAACGACCUUGGCCAGGAAUGGCUCAAACUAUUUAUGGUGAUCAUCAACGAUAUGUGGAAACUUAUUAUCAACCUUUCGCUGGUUAUUACUAUACUGGAGAUGGUGCUGUUCGUCAUCCUGGAGGUUAUUAUCAGAUUACAGGGCGUAUGGAUGAUGUAUUGAAUGUCAGUGGUCACAGACUGGGAACUGGAGAAAUAGAAGAUGUCUUGGACGACCAUCAUGCCGUAGCAGAAUCAGCUGUUGUUGGAUUUCCACAUGAUAUCAAAGGAGAAGGAAUCUAUGCCUAUGUUAUAUUAAAAGAUGGUGUGUCAGAGAGUAGGGAAAAUAUAAUAUCAGAAUUACGACAGAUGACGAAAAAAAGACUGGCUUCUUAUGCUCAGCCGGACAUGAUUCAGUUCACACCUGGUUUACCUAAAACUCGAUCUGGUAAAAUAAUGAGAAGGAUUUUACGGAAAGUAGCAGCGAGUUCCUCCGAUGACCUGGGUGAUAUUUCUACUCUAGCGGAUCCAUCGAUCGUGGAUGUCAUAAUUAAAAAUCACGACAAAAUAGUCUACAACAAAUAAAUUCACGACAUUGGAAGCAGUGUGAGACCUAUCACCCCUUAAUCUCAUUUAAACUUUUCUAAUCAUGACUAUUAUCAAAUGAUUGGAAGAGUUAAAUUUGAGUAUAAAGGAAAUUUUUCACACUAUUUC